ACCACCUUCCCCCUCGUUUAUUUUCCCUCAUUUCCAUCAAAACUCAGACUCCUAACUCUUUUUUUCCUUCUCAUGAAUUGAGUUUCUUCCAUUUUCUCUCAAUCCAAACACUAAUCUAAACUAAACAAACCAUGGAUGAUCAUGUCCGGAAAACAAGAAACAGUAGCACCCGAAGCAGUUGGAGCAUGGAAGGCGGAUUUCCAGGGUUCAGACAAUCAAAAAGAAGUAAUUAUGGCGGUGAAGAUGACGAUGAAGAAGCUCUAAAAUGGGCAGCUAUAGAGAAAUUACCAACUUAUGACAGAUUAAGAACAAGUAUCAUGCAAUCUUUUGAAGAAAAUAACAAUGAAACAGUAGUGUUAGGACAUAAAGAAGUUGAUGUAAGAAAACUUGAUGUUAAUGAUAAGCAAAAGUUUAUUAGUACCGUGUUUAAGGUUGCUGAGGAAGAUAAUGAGACGUUCUUGAAAAAAUUCAGACAAAGAAUUGACAGGGUGGGAAUUAAGCUUCCGACAGUGGAGGUUAGAUUUGAGAAUUUGAGUGUGGAAGCAAAUUGCUAUAUUGGGAGCAGAGCUCUGCCGAGUCUUUUAAAUUCUGUGAAAAAUUCAGCAGAGUCAUGUCUUGCUAUGCUUGGAAUUAGUUUUGCCAAGAAAACAAAACUUAAAAUUCUUAGAGAUGCAUCUGGGAUUAUUAAACCAUCCAGGAUGGCACUAUUACUAGGACCACCGUCGUCAGGAAAAACGACAUUGUUGCUAGCACUUGCCGGAAAGUUGGACCCAAGCCUAGAGGUACAAGGAGAUAUAACAUAUAAUGGACACAGGCUCAAUGAGUUUGUACCACGUAAGACAUCAGCUUAUAUUAGUCAAAAUGAUGUUCACGUUGGAGUCAUGACUGUCAAAGAAACCUUUGAUUUUUCUGCUAGAUGUCAAGGGGUUGGAACUCGAUUCGAUCUCCUUGCUGAGCUUGCAAGAAGAGAAAAGAAUGCAGGGAUACGCCCAGAAGCAGAAGUGGACCUUUUUAUGAAGGCAACUGCAAUGAAAGGAAUUGAUAACAAUCUCUUUACAGACUACACUCUCAAAAUACUAGGGCUUGAUAUAUGCAAGGACACAAUUGUCGGAGAUGAAAUGCUUCGAGGGAUUUCCGGUGGUCAGAAGAAAAGAGUAACAACAGGAGAGAUGAUUGUUGGGCCAACAAAAACACUAUUCAUGGAUGAGAUAUCAACGGGUCUAGAUAGCUCCACAACGUACCAAAUAGUGAAGUGCCUGCAGCAGAUUGUACACCUCACAGAAGGCACAAUAUUAAUGUCCCUACUGCAGCCGGCUCCUGAGACGUUCGAUCUGUUUGAUGACAUCAUUUUCUUAUCGGAGGGUCAGAUUGUUUAUCAGGGCCCGCGAGAUCAUGUCCUUCAAUUCUUUGAAAGCUGUGGGUUCCGCUGCCCUGAGAGGAAGGGCACAGCUGAUUUCUUGCAAGAGGUGACUUCAAAGAAAGACCAGGAGCAAUACUGGGCAGAAAAAAACAUACCAUACAGAUACAUAUCAGUCCCUGAAUUUGUCCAAAAGUUCAAAAAAUUCCACAUUGGCAUAAAUCUGAACACCCAACUCUCAACUCCAUUCAACAAGUCUCAAAGCCACAAAGCAUCAUUAGUAUUCACAAAAUACUCAGUCUCCAACACAGAAUUACUCAAAGCUUGUUGGGACAAAGAAUGGCUAAUGAUCAAACGAAAUGCAUUCGUAUACAUUUCGAAAGCAAUUCAGCUGAUCAUAGUAGCGGUUAUAGCUUCGACCGUGUUUUUAAGGACGAAAAUGGACUCGAAAAAUGAAGAAGAUGGUGAAUUGUACAUUGGUGCAUUGACUUUUAGUGUCAUACAUAAUAUGUUCAAUGGUUACGCUGAGCUUUCGCUAAUGAUUUCGAGGCUUCCGGUUUUUUACAAGCAAAGGGAUCUUUUGUUUCAUCCUGCUUGGACUUUUACUAUUCCUACUUUGCUCCUUAGAGUUCCUAUUUCUAUUUUGGAGUCCAUUGUUUGGGUUAUUAUUGCUUAUUUCACCAUUGGAUAUGUUCCUGAAGCUGGCAGGUUUUUCAAGCAACUGGUACUGGUAUUUCUGAUACAGCAAAUGGCAGCUGCCAUUUUCAGACUCAUUGCCGGACUGUGCCGGACUAUGAUCAUUGCCAACACAGGCGGCGCGUUAAUUCUCCUGCUAAUUUUCAUGCUUGGGGGGUUCAUUCUACCUAAAGGUCAAAUUCCAAGAGGAUGGGCAUGGGCGUACUGGCUUUCGCCUAUAACAUACGGUCAUAACGCCAUUGCUGUCAAUGAAAUGUUCUCUUCAAGGUGGAUGAAUAAACUGGCAUCAGACAAUGUUACCAGGCUUGGGAUAGCAGUGCUCAACAAUUUUGAUAUACCUGCUGAUGAAGAUUGGUAUUGGAUUGGGGCUGUUGCUCUUUUAGGGUUUACAAUUGUCUUCAAUGUUCUGUUUACCUUCACUCUUAUGUUCUUAAGCCCUCCUGGAAAGAAACAAGCAAUAAUCUCUGAGGAAAUGGAGAGCGACCAGGAUGAACCGGCAGUAAGAAGAACAGACUCAUUUUCUCGAGCACUGUCGUUUUCUGAUGGAAGGAAUUCAAGGGAGAUGGCGUUCCAUACGAAUAGUGGCCAACCCGAUCGCAGUGAAGUGAGUAGAAAUGGUAGUAGGGCUAAUGGCGUUACUGCCAGAAAAGGAAUGGUUCUGCCUUUCACUCCUCUAGCAAUGUCAUUUGACAGUAUGGAUUAUUAUGUAGACAUGCCCUCUGAAAUGAAGAAUCAAGGAGUUGCAGAAAACAGGCUGCAACUACUUCGCAACGUAACAGGCACAUUUAGGCCUGGAAUCCUGACAGCACUUAUGGGAGUAAGUGGAGCAGGAAAAACAACAUUGAUGGAUGUUUUGGCAGGAAGAAAGACGGGUGGAUAUAUCGAAGGCGAUAUCAGAAUUUCAGGGUUCACCAAGAAGCAAACAACAUUUGCAAGAAUUUCAGGAUACUGUGAACAGAAUGAUAUCCACUCACCUCAAGUCACAGUCAAAGAAUCCUUAAUUUACUCGGCUUUUCUUCGCCUACCCGUAGAAGUCGGCAAAGAGGAGAAAAUGAGCUUUGUAGAUGAAGUGAUGCAAUUGGUAGAGCUAGAAAAUCUAAAAGAUGCCAUAGUUGGGCUUCCAGGAGUGACAGGAUUAUCAACAGAGCAACGAAAAAGGUUAACAAUCGCGGUGGAGCUUGUCGCUAAUCCUUCAAUCAUUUUCAUGGAUGAACCAACUUCAGGACUUGAUGCAAGAGCAGCAGCAAUAGUAAUGAGGACAGUCAGAAACACAGUCGAUACUGGAAGAACUGUCGUCUGCACGAUCCAUCAGCCUAGUAUCGACAUCUUUGAAGCCUUCGACGAGUUGCUACUAAUGAAGAGAGGAGGACAGGUUAUCUACUUAGGACCACUUGGUCGAAAUUCACACAAGAUCAUCGAAUAUUUCGAAGCAAUUCCUGGUGUUCCGAAAAUCAAAGAGAAAUACAAUCCAGCAACAUGGAUGCUGGAAGUGAGUUCCAUAUCAGCAGAAGUCCAACUCGGAAUUGACUUUGCAGAACACUACAGAUCGUCAGCCUUAUUCGAGAGAAAUAAGGCUUUAGUGAAGGAGCUAAGCACACCCCCACCAGGAGCAAGCGACUUAUAUUUUGCGUCAAAAUAUUCCGAGUCGACAUGGGGCCAAUUCAAAUCUUGUAUUUGGAAGCAAUGGUGGACUUACUGGAGAAGUCCUGAUUACAAUCUUGUCAGAUUUUUCUUCACCUUAAUUGCUGCUCUUGUUGUUGGAACUAUAUUUUGGAAAGUUGGAGCCAAAAGGGAAAGUGCAAAUGACCUGACUGUGAUUAUUGGAGCAAUGUAUGCUGCAAUCUUUUUCAUUGGUGUUAACAAUUGUUCAACAGUCCAACCAAUAGUAACAAUAGAAAGAAGUGUAUUUUAUCGAGAAAUAGCGGCCGGGAUGUAUUCUGCAUUACCUUACGCUCUUGCUCAGGUAAUUUGUGAAUUACCAUAUAUACUAGUUCAGACAACAUAUUAUACACUGAUAGUGUAUGCAAUGGUAGCAUUUGAAUGGACAGCAGCAAAAUUCUUCUGGUUUUAUUUUAUAUCUUUCUUCUCAUUCCUCUACUUCACAUAUUACGGAAUGAUGACCGCUUCACUUUCUCCGAAUCUGCAAGUAGCGGCCAUUUUCGCAGCUGCAUUUUACGCACUUUUCAAUCUUUUCUCAGGAUUCUUCAUUCCUAGACCGAAAAUUCCUAAGUGGUGGGUAUGGUACUAUUGGAUAUGCCCUGUGGCAUGGACAGUGUAUGGUCUAAUUGUUUCACAAUAUAGAGAUGUGGAAGACACCAUUAAAGCACCUGGAAUUGUGCCUGAUCCUACAAUUAAGUGGUACAUUCAGGAACAUUUUGGUUAUGAUCCUGAUUUUAUGGGACCAGUAGCUGGAGUUUUGAUUGCUUUCACCAUUUUCUUUGCAUUUAUGUUUGCUUUUUGCAUAAGAUUUCUCAACUUCCAAACCAGGUAGAAAAAUUAACACUAUGUAACAUUUAUUAAUUAUUACUAAACUUGUUGUAUAUUUUUAAAUAAUUUAUCAACAAUGUAAAAUCUGGAUUUACGGCUUCUAUAAAAAUACCUAUUUUCGUCAAAUUGUUUGCAAAUAAUAUGCUCUUUUUCACUUUUAAUCUGGAUAUCUGCAAAAUUAUCUAUUGGAUUUUAUUAAUAUUAGUGGUUUGGAUGGACUUGUUAAUUAAUUAGCAAGUUAACACAGAAUAUAAAGAAGCUACUACCUGCAAUUCAUCAAGCCGCUGCUCACUCAACUUCUUUAGUUUCAACAUUGUUGCCAUGGCAUACUUCCAGCUGUAUUCCAGCUGUAUUAGAGCUCAGAAUUUUAGUCUAUAAAUAGCAUUAGGUUUGUAGUUUUAUUUCCUUUAGUUUUGUAAUUCAAAACUCAUUUCUAUAAUCAAAGUUCUCUGGUUUUAUAA